AUACUCUCAUCCUUUCUCACUUUUAUUUCUCUCUCCGCUGCGGCCCUCAAAGCGACGCCGGCGCAGGAAAGGUCUGCCCGUCUUCGUCCAAACGUGCGCCAGAGCGCGAUAACGGACUAGCAGUAUAAAUAUACGCCCACUAAACUCUGACGAGGGGCUUCUUUCUUUUUUUUGUUUUUUUCCGCCGCGGACAAGGCGCAAACAUGGAUCUGAACUCGACGGUGCACGCACCGUGGAACAGCGUUCCUGCGGCCCAGCCCGCCUUAGCCCUGCUCUACGGCGUGGUCAACAUGCUAACGCACGUGCCCUUCACGGACCUUCCUGUCCUCGGCGACUACGAGCUGGGAGAGCUGCGGCCCUACUACGACUACGUAAUCGUCGGCGGUGGUUCAGCGGGCUGCGUGAUAGCCAACAGGCUGUCCGCGGACCCCAGCGUCACGGUGCUCCUACUGGAAGCCGGAGGACUCGAGGAAGCAUCUCGACAAAUCCCGUUCGCGGCACCUUUCAACAUUAGAGGUCGCGACGACUGGGACUACUGGAGCGUGCCGCAGAAGCACGCUGCCUACUCCUUCCGAAACCAGAGGCUAGCGCAUUCGCGCGGCAAGGUGCUCGGCGGCAGCAGCGUGCUAAACUUCAUGAUGUACACGAGGGGAAACCCUGGGGAUUUCGACCGCUGGGCCAGAGAGUACGGAGCCGAAGGGUGGUCGUACGAAGACGUGCUCCCUCACUUCAAGGACAUCGAAGACUACCGCCUAGGUCCAUCGGACGAGUGUCACGGAACUGGAGGCGAGAUACCGGUGGACUACGCCAACACCAGCACGCCUCUCGCCCACCUUCUUAUGGAGGCGUGUCAGCAAGCCGGGUACGCUCACGUGGAUUUCAACGGUCCUACGCAAUCAGGCUGCUCCCGACUACAGACCAAUGUCGGGAACGGCAAACGUUUCAGCGCCAGCAAGGCCUUCAUCCAGCCCAUCAUCCGCGAACGGAAAAACCUACAUGUGGCGCUGCUCAGCCACGUCACCAAGGUGAACUUCGACGGAAAGCGCGCAGUUGGCGUAACAUUCACCAGACUCGGUCGGCCGGGCAAGGUGAACGCAAGGCGCGAGGUGAUCCUCUCCGCGGGAACCGUGGGAUCUACUCAGCUCUUGCUGCUUUCCGGAGUUGGGCCCAGAGAGGAUCUGGAACGGCUGCAGAUACCGGUGGUUGCCGAUCUGCCAGUGGGACGCAACCUUCAAGACCACCCGGCGCUCAUUGUGGGCGUUCCCGUUAGCACCGACGUGGAAGUUGGCAUACCGCCUUUCAGUCUCGCCGACAUUCAGCAGUACGCCAGCAACGGGACAGGCACGAUAUCGAUACCCGUGGGCAACGAGUUCGUGCAGUUCCUGCCCACCGAGUACGCCGAAGAUCCCAAGGUCCCGGACAUCGAGGUGGCGACCGUCGCCAUGUCGCCGGCCAGCCAAUUGUUGAAGGCGUUCGCAGUGGAGCUAGGAAUGUUGCCCGAGGCUUUCGACGGUUUAAUUGGUCCCAUUGACGGUCGGCCCGGCUUUCGAGCGAUAACAAUUCUCAACCGACCGAGGUCACGUGGCUCCAUCUCACUGCGCUCCAAGAACCCGUACGAGCACCCGAACAUCGAUCCAAACAUGUUCGAGCACCCGUACGACGUGAAGGCUCUUGCUCAAGGUACUAAGAUGUUCAUCGACCGGAUCUUAAGCGCGGAUGCCAUGAAGAGCAUCGGCGCCAAGCCGUCGCAACAGAUAUUUCCGCCGUGCGCCGAUGAGGGACCUCUCUGGAGCCAGGAGUACAACGAGUGCCUCUCCCGGCACACCGCGAUAGCCGCCUGGCAUCUUUGCUGCACCGUAGCCAUGGGCUCACAUCCUGAGGCAGUCCUGGACGAACGGCUGAGGGUCCGCGGUGGCGUGACGGGCCUGCGAGUGGCCGACGCCUCCGUGAUGCCCGACGUAAUAACGGGUCACACAAACGCACCAAGCAUGAUGAUCGGCAGCAAGGCGGCAUCCAUGAUCAUCGAGGACAAUGCAGCGGGACCUCAAUGAAAAAAACAAAGAAAGCGGAAAGCCAUGACGUCACAGCCGACUCCACUGCCGUACUACUAGUGGUCAAGCCCGUGCUCUGGGACUUCUGCCUCUCAUCAGCGUGAACUCGUGAUGUGAUGUGCUAUUUCGACUGUGUUCGCAGGGGACUAUUAAGGAAAUAACGGACAGCCAGGGAAUAAUAGCAGAAGCGACGGUACUGCGCACCUGACUGAUCGUAAAAAUCACGUGGUUUGACCAGCGAGUGCCAUCCACUUACCCCAGAACUAGCAACGUUUAGGCUUCAGCUUAUUACCGUCGGUAAGAAGAAUACGCCAAAUAUUGUAUUUCCUCCUCGAAAGAACAAAAUAAAUCGUACAUGCGAUAA